AUGGAUGAAAAUUGGGAGGUAAAUUCUAUGAUGGAGUUUGAUCACCAUCAAAACAUUGCACGUGCUGCUUUUGGAGAUAUGCUCUAUGACAGUGACAGAAAUCAGUUGUACUAUAAAGCAUUGAAAAAAGAAAUCUCUAGAUUGCACAAAGCUAACAAAAAAGUCCAUGUCCUAGACAUCGGAACUGGUACUGGUUUACUGGCUAUGAUGGCUGCUAAAUGUGGCGCCGAUUCUGUUUAUGCUUGUGAAGAAUUUGAAGAUUCCUAUAAAUGUGCAAAAGAAAUAAUUAAGUCAAAUUAUUUGGACCACAAAAUUGUUCUUAUCCACAAGAGCUCUCAAAAGUUAAAAGUUGGUGUAGACUUACCUCACCGUAUGAAUUUAUUAGUUACAGAAGUUUUUGACACAGAAUUGAUUGGCGAAGGAGCUAUUUCAGUGUUUAAUCACGCUCAUCAGGAACUGCUAACGGAUGAUUGUAUUGUAAUACCCUCUGAAGCUAUUGUUUAUGCUCAAGUAAUCGAAAGCAAGUAUAUAAGAAAUUUUAAUAGAGUUAAUGAUGUGUAUCACAAUAAAAAGUUAUUGAUUAAGAUACCUGAAAAAAUAAAGAAUUGCCAAGGUAUUGAAAGUGUAUUUGAUUUACAACUCGGUGAACUACCAACAGAUUCUUUUAAAACUUUAAUUCCUGCACAAGUGAUGUUCAGGUUCAAUUGGAAUGAUAAAAAUGGCGUGAUAACAGACCGUAAAAAUGCUAUUCGUUGUAAAUCAAAAGAAAAUGGUAUUGCUCAUGCUGUAUUUGUAUGGUGGGAUUUGGCUAUGGACACCGAUGGUGAUAUUAUGUUAAGUUGUGCUCCUAAAUGGCAUUUGCAACGGCACAACGUACCUUGGAGAGACCAUUGGAUACAAGGAGUGUAUUACUUUGCUAAUGAAGUGAACUUAAAAACAAAUGAAGAAGUCAGUGUAAUUGGUUACCACGAUGAACUAUCGUUUUGGUUUGACACCAAUAAGUCUAGUUCAUAUAUAGAUGUUCCUUUUCCUUACUGUGAAUGUGAUUUUCAUCGAGUUAUUAGCAGGACUCUUAUAGGGCAAAUGAACGAUCACUACCUCACGAACAGUUAUUUAACAGCAUUGAAAAAAUAUGUUCAACCAAACAGUGUUUGUCUAUUUGUUGGCAACUUGUCAUUUAUGGGACUUGCUGCAGCUCUAUUUGGCGCUUCAAAAGUUUAUUACUAUGAUGUUAGUGGGCCUCAGGGUUUUGGAAAAGUUAUACAUUCAUAUAUAAGGUUUAAUGAAUUGGAAGAUAAAGUUAUUGUAUUGAAAACAUACAAAGAAGUAUUAGAAGUAAUUUCAAAACAAAAAGAAAAUGAGGAAGAAAUCUGUACAGUUUUUAUGGAACCGUCCAAAUGGAUUUUACCUGAAUGGAUUGAUAUUGUGAAAUAUUCUCUACAAGUAAACCCCAAAACAAAUAUAUUCCCAAGAGAAGUUACUGUGAAAUUACAAACAGUAGAAUUUGAAGAUUUAUGGAAAAUUCGAGCUCCUUUGACUGAAGUUGAAGGGUUUGAAAUAAUACCAUUCAAUGAAAUUGUUCAGGAGAGCAUAAAAAUAUCAGAUGGACUACUGGAAGAAAAGCCGCUGUGGGAAUACCCAAGCAAAAGCCUUUCAAAUGCUUAUGAUUUGUUUACUUUGAAUUUUGAAAACAUUGCUAAUGAAUCCAGUUUGAUACUCAAAAACUUACUAACUGUACAAAUUAAAAACAAAGGUAUUUGUCAUGGGCUUGUUUGUUGGGUAGAUUGGUGUUUGGAUACAGACGUAUGUUUCUCAUUUGGCGCUUCAAACAGAAAGAUCUAUAACUCAGAUUGGUAUCCUUAUGCUCGACAAAGGAUUUAUUUUUUAAAUAAAUAUCGAAAUGUUAGUCCUGGAGAUGUUAUAAAUUGUGAUGCGAUUUUGUGUAAAAAUGGCAAUUUGUUAGUUAGUUUUUGUAAUACCUAUGAUCAUUAA